ACGAGAACUUCGGCCGUUAGUAGAAAGUAAACGGCUCGAGAACACGCUGGAUGCACUUUAAACCCUUUUUACCUCGAAAAACCUCCGUUUCUUUACAAAAACCAAUUUAUAAAAGGUCAUUUAAGAAGAGCAAGCCUUCCUCGGAGACCUUUUAUUAGUUGUCCAGUGGUUGUCUGGAGCUACAGAUUGUCGUGUUGUGAGGAAAGCACAGUGUUUACCCAGAAUGCCCUGCGCUAUAGUGAGAACAUCCUGGUGAAAUACUGACAAACAUGACAAAAUGGGGAAAAGCCUUUUGUAUGGCACUGUAAGAGCUCUGGAACACGAGCAGAUGUAUGGCAUCUCCAACAAAACAAGACUGCUGGUGUCUCUUCUUCCCUCCAACCUCUCACCUCACGAGCCAUUGUAAACAAGCAGGCCGAUCACAAGCUGUCACAGAAGGGGAGGCUGCACGAUGCUUAAAUACAGCCACAGUUGAUCUGCUUUUACAGAGACACACACAGAUUCUGCAUCGUUCUGCUCUCCUUAAACAUCCCAGCUAACAUGUCUGCAGAGAAGUUUUGAUUCAACUUACCUAGUCUGCCAAAAUGUGCCUUUUUAGAGCGGCCCUGCUGUUUGCUGCACUCGAUUUUAUUUCCUGUGCCAAAUUUCUCGCACCAUUAAACAUGGGAGGAGUCACAGGCCAAGUGCAGUUUGACUCCGACAACCAGAUAGCCACCUUAAAUCUAGCAGGUGUAGGAUCGUGCACUGCAGUAAACAUUUCCCUCACUGUGUUCCCCCUCAUGUUCGGCCACUUUGCUCAACCCUGCUCUGAGGCAAACAUUGGUGUCAGCAUCUUCACCUUCACUGCUAAUCCUUCCUCAAAAUCCCCGAUAAGUAUGUCAAACCUCUUUAAAAAAAAAUCAAACUUGGAUGACCUGUCACUGUCUUUGGAGACAUGUAACGGCAUUAAAGUAUGCACAGUUGUAAGUCAAGGUCAGACACGACUGACUCGCCAGGCGAGAUUCACAGACUCUGUUGCUGGUAACAUUUACAUACGUGCUAAUGUAAAUAAUGCCAACCCUAGGCUUCUUGCUGACCUAGUGACUAUUGGUCAGGUGAAUGCCCCAGAAACCAGCAUCAUCAUCUUUGGAUCCACAAGUACAGAAAUUAAUUGUGACGUACUGGUUGACGGCUUAAAUCCACAAACUUUAACAAAUCUGGGCAGUGUGAAAGUUGGAAACCCUCUCAGACCUCAGAAAUCUCGUUUGGAUUUUAGUAGCUUUACAGAGUACUCGUAUCUUCUCCUCAGGGUGGGGUCCAAUUAUAAGUGUGCUCCGAUAUACAACAUGCCAGAGAAAGAAGUGAGAGCUGUUGUGAAUAUGAUAGGAAUCAGUGGAUAUUUCAACUUCCGCCAGGCUUCACCGUUUGACGUGACACAGUUUAGUUUGAAUCUGACAAACUUGAGGAAAUUAGUUGGCCCUACCAUGUCCAUAAUUUCCCCGUCCCUUCAGUCAGGUCAGGCCAAUGUUCAAAUGAUAAUGUGGGUGGUCACUGGAAUCCGUUUGGAAUUGGCACAACUUCUCCAGCAUACCCUGCAGGGCCUGGAUCAACUCAUGACAAGUAUGAGACAGGUGACCUGAGUGGCAAACACAUGUCUCUUUCUGGUAGAAGUGCAUUUGAUAUGACAUUCACUGAUUUCAACCUUCCUCUGUUUGGACAGAACAGCAUUGUAGGUCGCUCAGUUGUGAUUCACCUGGUCAAUGGUGAUAGGUAUGCGUGUGCCAGCAUAGGCUAUCCUAGUGCAGUCACAGUAGCCAGUGCCAUAUUUCAGACCCCUGUGGUGGGAAAGAUGAUCUUUACUCAGUUGAUAAAAAAUCCCUUGUCAGAUGUGUCCAUCUUUAUGGAUCUGUCAUACGGAGAUCCCACAACAACACCGACCCAAAACCAUAACUGGCACGUUCAUGAAUUCCCCAUUAGCUCAGAGAGGGACGAUGAUAAAGGGAGGUGCGUCACAACAGGAGGCCAUUGGAAUCCUUUUAAGAUCAUUACAACUGAUCAGAGCUACGCACUUCAUUGCAAACCAUCCUGCCCUCUAUGUUGUGAGGUUGGUGACCUUGCCAACAAACAUACCACCAUUAAUCUUGAUACCAACGUAGGCGGCGUGAACUCCAAACACUUUUUCACUGAUGUCACUUCCUGGUUAGACAUGUUUGGCAUUAUUGGUCGUUCUGUGGUCAUCCAUGAAGCAGAAAAAGGAGGCCCAAGAAUUGCGUGUGCCAAUGUUACUGAGAUGCAGGUCACUGCAGCGAUGUCAGGGAAUUGGUUAGACCCUGGACCAUUCAAGGGCAAGGUGAAAUUCUCUCAAGAUGUCCCUCAAGGCCCUACAAAAAUCGGUGUGUCCUUAAAAAACCUGGAUUUCUUAGCUGGAGGCUACCAUGUCCACAUCUUGCCCAUUAUUGUUGGCAGCAUUGAUCCUUGCUCCAUUGCAAACAUCCUUGGCCGCUUUAACCCACUGGCCUGGAACACAUCUAGUUCUCCCUCACCCGGUGAAGGCACAGUGGACCAGUAUGAGAUCGGGGACAUCAGUGGGAAGUUUGGGAUGCUUACUGGGAAAAAUCAAUUUAAAAGUGUCUUUAUGGACCCAAACAUGCCGCUUACUGGACCUUACAGCAUCAUGGGAAGAUCUGUUGUAAUCCACUACACAAAUGGAUCAUGGAUGACCUGUGCAAAUAUCUUACCUCUCAGAAAUAGACAUGGACAAUGGACACUUGCCAUGGCCAAAUUUGAUAGAACAGUGACUGGGACAAUCUCACUGCACCAGCAGAUGUUUCCUGAUGGGAGUAGCGGUGAUGUCAUACUGGAUACGGACCUUGAGUCAUCUGCGGGUCAAAGUAUUCCUGCGGCCUCCCUUUUUAUCGCAAGCAACCGUGUGGGUGCAACAAGCGGACUGUGUACCAGCGUAGGAGACAUUUUCAACCCCUUUUUCAUGAAACCAUUGAGCUCCAGCUGUUCGCUCCAAAACCAGUUGAGCUGUGUGGUGGGAGAAUUUUCUGCAAGGCAUGGCAAUGUCAGCCUGAAAAGGAGGGAAGUUUACUCUGACAGCAACAUCCAGCUCUCAGGAGACUACACAAUUGUCUACAGGUCUCUUGUGCUGAAGAAUGGCAACAAAAUCCUUGCAUGUGCCGACAUCCUCCCAGAAUCUCAGUCUGAAGAACAGAACUUUCCCAAAUUGAGCUCAUUUAGCCGGUAUGAUUUCCGGAGGAGAGUUGGAGAUAUUCUGAAGGCAGAAAUGGCGAGGAUAACCAUCUUGCCCGGCUCUCCCUUCUGUACAAACGACUGCAAGUGCCAAACGGUCAAGUUCAUGGUGUCAGGAGCUGUCGAAGUACAACUUCUUGAGUCUGUCAAAAGCAGUGAGCUGAUGGGCCCGUUCAAAGAAAUUAGCCCAUGUGCAAGAGGUUCUGCAGGGCAGCUGGUGAUGCUGGAAAUCUCCUCGCUGUGUCUGUUGUGUGCUGCUGCCUUCCUGCUGACGUCUGCAGUCUCUUUAUAAAACCAGAUUGUACCGCGAAUCAUCAGUGGAGACACAUGGAUCCUCCUAUUAUAAGACUGAACAAUAAAUUCUACCAACCAGA